CCGAGGCGCGGGCCGAUUCUGUCUCACAAUGAGCCAGUUUGUCAAUUUUAUUGAACCAAACAUUAUUGAUGAUGAAAUGGUUCAGAAAGCCAUUGAAGAGAAGUGUCCAGAGGACCUUGGAGAUCUUGCCAGAAGGGAAAUCACUAACUGGAAGGUUGUGACAGAGCUACAACUUAGUUUUAAAAGCAUCCUGCAGAUUGAUAAUCUGUGGCCAUUAGAGAAUCUGACUAAACUGCAGCUGGACAACAACAUCAUCGAGAAGAUAGAAGGUCUGCAGAGUCUGGUUCACCUUGUAUGGCUUGACCUGUCCUUCAACAAUAUUGAAGUAAUUGAGGGCCUGGAUACUCUUGUCAAACUACAGGACCUCAGUCUCUACAGUAACAGAAUAUCUAAAAUUGAGCACAUGGACACAUUGCAAGAGCUGCAGAUUUUCUCCAUAGGGAAGAAUAACCUGACCGUUCUGGAAGAUGUUGUCUAUCUCAGGAGGUUAAAAAGCUUACAGACACUGAACCUCAGUGGGAAUCCUUUCUGCAGUGAGGAGCACUACACGCUGUUUGUUGUUGCUCAUCUUCCAAGCCUGGUGUACUUGGACUUCAAGCUCGUGAGAGACUCCACGAGAAAAGCUGCAGCUUUAAAGUAUCAAGAUCUUACUGAGCCACUGGAACAAGAGGAGGCUCGGGUCCUUGCUCUGCAGGAGAAACAAGAGGCAAAGCAGAAGGAGCUGGAGUACCACAAGACAGCCUUUGUUGAGUACCUGAAUGGAUCAUUCCUGUUUGACAGUCUGUAUGCAGGGGAUAGAGAAGCUGCCAAGCUGGCUUUCCUCCCUGGAGUGGAGGACCUGCUGCUGGCAUACAAGAAGGAGUUUGUCUCAGUUUGUAAGAACCUGUGUAACUAUGGACUGGAAGAGUAUGAAAAACGAGAAGCUCUAGUCUCUAAAUUCUACAAAAGGUACCAUGAAAUUCUGGCAGUCAACCAGGAAGAAAGCAGGAGAAUAAUCUCAGACUUCGAGAGUAGGAACCAAAAGAGGCUGGAUGAGCUUUAUCAGGCUGGGAGAGGCGACCUUGCUGAGUCUGAACGAGCCCAGGGCAAGGAGAACAUCUGUCAGCUCUGGGAUGCUCUCAUGACCUUGGAAGCGCUGGUAUCCAACGACCUGGAGGAGCUGUUACAGGAUUUUAAAAGAAGCAUUGAUGUCAUAGCAUCAACAUUCACUGAAAACAUUCAAGGGAUGUUUAACCAGUGCAGGGAUCUGGAAAAUAAGCACCAUGAAAAGCUCAGGGUGAUUGUCCUCGCCACCCAGAAGAAAUUGGACAUGGAUCCAUUCGAUGAGAGUUUGCCAGAUGAUGUUCAAAAGCUCUUCGAGAACAAAAACACCAUUGUCAACAUCAUCAACACAUCCCACAGCAUCCGCCUGCGGAAGAUUGAUAAGCGAGAGAGUGACAUGCUCUGCAACAUCUACCAGUGGCAGAUCUCAGAGAGAGAGAAGGCUUUCCAAACUGAGAGCGACAGAAACCGUGCCUCUAUUGGAAAGAUCCUUUGCUUCACCAACACUCUGCAGAAGGAGCUGGAUAACAGAGUGAGCCUGAAGCCUGUGGAAUAGGGCUGGGCAGCUGCCUCAGCUGGGGCACACAGGACAGCCCCCAGCAGGAAGAGCUGCCUCUCUAUGCCCAAGCUGCCUGGGACCAAAUGCAUAUUCCUUCCAUCCUACCAUAAACUGCAAAUAAAAACUCCUUCUUGACUCUGGAAAAGCAUCCAAAGCCCUGUCUCUUCCAUCAUGUUGGCACAAAGCCCGUGCAGACAACUCAGACCUGGUCACAGGGGGUUAUGGAUCAGCUGUGAGCUGAUUGAACCAAAUCAUCGUAGCAUAUCAUGCCUGAAAGCUUUGGUACCUGUGAGCUCAGUGGCAGGAACCUGUGAGCCGCUGGCACGAGGCAGCAGCUCGGGAGAGGAGCGCUCUCCAUCAAACCACCCCCGAGAUAACAGCAGGUUUCCAGCUCAGCAAGCACAAGGCUGGCGGGAGCUCCGUAUGCCUGGGAGCCUCAUCUUCUCACCCCUUCUCACAAGCGGCUUUCUGCAGCGUGAGCAGAGCAGCCCCCAGCCAUCAGGAAGGGAAAUCAAUGGUUCCACAGGAGCUCACGCGCCGCCGCUCGCGACAGCCAAGCGAGGAGUCAUUAAUUCCCCUCCUUGCUCGGUGACAGCCGCGGCCACGCUCGCUUGUGGGCUGAGGAACAGUGCUGGCCAGAGCGGUGCUGCUCCAGGCAGGCAGCAAGGAGAAGGUGGGAAGGUUAAACAAGAGGGACACAGAAAACCCCGUGGUGGUGCUGCCUGUCAAACACAGAUUCAGCUUAUUGUGCUCUGUGCUUCUCAACAUGGCCGGAGCCAAAGUUUUACCCCUCUUGCUCCAGGACUACACAGUUGUCUCCUUGCUAUCACUUCAGCUUCAUGGAGUGGUUCACACAGUAGUUAGUGUCUGCUCUGGU